AUGAGAGUGGGCUAUAAGGAGGAACUGGGUACCUUCUCCUGCAUCUGCAUCUCCUACCAGCACCCACUCCACAGGCAAGCAGUAGCUCUGUUUCAGGUGGAUGAUGCCAUGCUGAUGUUUGACAAAACCACCAACCGGCACCGAGGGUUCGGCUUUGUCACGUUUGAGAGCGAGGACAUCGUGGAGAAAGUGUGUGAAAUCCACUUCCACGAAAUCAACAACAAAAUGGUGGAAUGUAAGAAAGCUCAGCCAAAAGAGGUGAUGUCACCGACUGGCUCGGCCCGGGGGAGGUCUCGAGUCAUGCCCUAUGGAAUGGACGCCUUCAUGCUGGGCAUCGGCAUGCUGGGUUACCCUGGUUUCCAAGCCACGACCUAUGCCAGCCGGAGUUAUACAGGCCUCGCCCCUGGCUAUACCUACCAGUUCCCCGAAUUCCGUGUAGAGCGGACCCCUCUCCCGAGCGCCCCAGUCCUCCCCGAGCUUACAGCCAUUCCUCUCACCGCUUACGGACCCAUGGCAGCAGCAGCGGCGGCAGCGGCUGUGGUUCGAGGGACAGGCUCUCACCCCUGGACGAUGGCUCCCCCUCCAGGUUCAACUCCCAGCCGCACAGGGGGCUUCCUGGGGACCACCAGCCCGGGCCCCAUGGCCGAGCUCUAUGGGGCAGCCAACCAGGACUCGGGGGUCAGCAGUUACAUCAGCGCUGCCAGCCCCGCCCCCAGCACUGGCUUCGGCCACAGUCUUGGGGGCCCCUUGAUUGCCACAGCUUUCACCAAUGGGUACCACUGAAGCAGGAGGCAGG